GGGAGUUUCCACAGCCGACAAAGGAAGGGUGACCACUUAACUACGACUUUCUGGGAGCUCCGAUUCAGUCUGAGAGGUCGGAUCCCGCUGUUCCCGCCCUCUUCACUUCUGGCUGACUCUGCUGACAGAUACUGUUUUGUUGGAUGAGCAGGCACCUCUGGAAGAAUCAGUUGAGUGAGAUGGUGCAGCCCAGUGGUGGCCCAGCAGGGGACCAGGACAUGCAGGGUGAAGAAUCUUCUCUGGGAAAGCCGGCAAUGUUACAUCUGCCUUCAGAGCAGGGUACUCCUGAGACCCUCCAGCGCUGCCUGGAAGAGAACCAAGAGCUCCGAGAUGCCAUCCGGCAGAGCAAUCAGAUGCUAAGAGAAUGCUGUGAGGAACUGCUGCAUUUCCAGGUCAGCCAGCGGGAGGAGAAGGAGUUCCUCAUGUGCAAAUUCCAGGAAGCCAGGAAGCUGGUAGAGAGACUGAGCAUGGAGAAGCUUGACCUGCACAGACAGAGGGAACAGGCCUUAAAGGAUUUGGAGCACCUGAAGAAAUGCCAGCAGCAGAUGGCUGAGGACAAGGCCUCUGUGAAAGCCCAGGUAACAUCAUUACUGGGGGAACUCCAGGAAAGCCAGAGUCGCUUGGAGGCUGCCACCAAAGAACGGCAAACUUUAGAGGGAAGGAUGCGAGCCGUUAGUGAGCAGGUUAGACAGCUGGAGAGUGAACGGGAGGUGCUGCAGCAGCAGCACAGUGUGCAGGUGGACCAGCUGCGCAUGCAGAACCAGAGUGUGGAGGCUGCCCUGCGAAUGGAGCGUCAGGCUGCUUCAGAGGAGAAGAGGAAGCUGGCUCAGUUGCAGGCAGCCUAUCACCAGCUCUUCCAAGAUUAUGACAGUCACAUCAAGAGCAGCAAGGGCAUGCAGCUAGAAGAUCUGAGGCAACAGCUCCAGCAAGCUGAGGAGGCCCUGGUAGCCAAACAGGAAUUGAUUGAUAAGCUGAAAGAAGAGGCUGAGCAGCACAAGAUUGUGAUGGAGACUGUGCCAGUCCUGAAGGCCCAGGCGGAUAUCUACAAGGCUGACUUCCAAGCUGAGAGGCAUGCCCGGGAAAAGCUGGUGGAGAAGAAGGAGCUUUUGCAGGAGCAGCUGGAGCAGCUGCAGCGCGAGUUGAGCAAACUGAAGGCUGGCUGCCAUGAGUCAGCCAGGAUUGAGGAUAUGAGGAAGCGGCAUGUAGAGACUUCUCAGCCCCCUUUACUCCCUGCACCAGCUCACCACUCCUUUCAUCUGACCUUACCCAACCAGCGGAGAAGCCCUCCUGAGGAACCACCUGACAUGCGUUGUCCCAAGUGCCAGUAUCAGGCUCCUGAUAUGGACACUCUACAGAUACAUGUCAUGGAGUGCAUAGAGUAGAAGCAGCAGAUGUAAGGCCACUUGUAGUACCAUGUCCUGAACUAUGCAACUUACGCUUUCCUGUUUCACCUCCAUAGUCCACAAUUAAGGGCUUGAUGUCAAAGAGCUGGCCCUAGGACCUAGCAGGACCCUUGCUUUAGCUCUUUGGUCUGCUAGUUCCCCACUAGGGUAGACAGCCCUAGUCAGGAAUUUUUUUCCGUUUUUUUUCUAUGUGCCUGAGCCACUUGCCUCAGCUAGCUUCUUCCUCCCUCUUUUCCCAUUCUCCUAGGGGGUCUAGAAUGGAGGCCAGAGGCUCUCAGGGAGCACCCUUUAUCUAAGCAGGACUGGGUGCAGCUCUUCCUCCCUCCAGCUGGUACCUUUCUUGCCCUGAGCUGCAGGCUGUCCUCCCAGGGCAUGUGGCACGUAAGGCCAUAACAUGUGUUGCCUCUGAUGGACAUUUGGGAAGUAUUCUGUCUUUUGCUACUGUAAGUAAUGGUGCAGUGAAAGUACUUGUGCACUGAUCUGCGUGUACCUUUAAGACAUAUGCUUAGACAUAGCAUUGGAGCCUUGCCUUGGAGGAGGUUGGUGGACCUUUGUGUUUCUGCCAUCUGCUAGACAUGCUGUUAUUACUAAAGAGUAUGCCAAAGUGUCUUUUUCUGGGGUAUAUGGGCCUUUUAAAAUUCCACUCAUGUAACUUGGAUUUUUAUAUUUUCUACCCAUUUUCCUGUUGCAUCAUUGCCAUUUGUUCUUGGGCUUUGGGAAGCUUUUUGAUCAUCAGUCAGGUUAGCUCUUGUCUAUCACAGAAAUUGCACACCUUGUUCCAUUUUGGUUGUGUUACUGUUUUGGGGCCUAGAAGCUGUUUAUGUACUCACACCCAUGCUUUCCUCCAUAUUUUGGCUUUGGAGUUAUGGCUGCUUUAUGGUCUGACAGAAGACUGUUUUACAUAUAUGUUUUUCUUAUUCCAGCACCAGGGUGCUCUUGUCUUUGUGAAGCACAUUCUUGUCUUGUGUGGAUGGUGAUUUCCAUAGUUCAUCACACUCCAAGAAUUUGUGAUGGCAUGUUCUGCACCAGCCCAAAUGUUCUGUCUUGGGAACCAUUUAGUAGUUAGUGACUGGCAGAUUAUGAACAAGGGAACUCUUCACUUGUUUUGUAAGGCUGUAGACAUUUUCUGGAGCCUUACAGUCAUUGGUAUUAGCCUUGCAAUUCUAGUAAAGAAAAGGAAGUUGGAGUUGAGAAAGCAGUAGAUGUGCCUUGCUGACUCCUCAGAUCUGAAACCCUUCCUGCCCUCCUGAAUGCUUUCAUAGUUCUGAGUGGGAUCUGUAAAUCCAUCCCUGUCUGGGGCUUUUUUUCACAAGACUUCUUGCCUAUUAAGGGUGAGAAGGCUGAGUAGAAUCAGGAUUUAAAAAGGGAUUUAAAAAGUAAGCCUGAGCUGGGUUCUUCUUCAGAAUUCUCGGGGUGGGGAGCAAGUUUUGCAUUUUCUAAUUCCUAGGUAUUUAUUAGACAGAUCUUUGGGAAAAUGUUAAAGGAACAGACAUGUUCUUUGCUCAUGAGGCCUUCAUUUAAAUACCCAAUCUAAUUUUCCUUCAGAAGUGCUAUUGGUUUGGUUUGAUUCAGUUCAGUUUUGUGGUGGUAUAUGGCAUUCCUAUAGCUGUUCUAAAAAUUCUCAGAGACUUGAAGUGGCAACAACAAAAAAAAAUCAGUCUUUCAUGCCUGGAAGUCAGAUGUUAAGUUUCUUCUGAGAAUCAAUUCCACGUUUUUUCCUUGCUUUUGGUUUCUGGCAGUCCUUGGUGUUGCUUGGCUUAUAGACCUAUCACUCCAAUCUCUGGUUCUCGUGCCUCAUGGUCUCCUCCUCUACUUCUGUAUUGUAGAUGUGGAGUCUGUCUGGUGAUUAAGGAGGAUCUCCAGCUCAAGACACCUCACUACACCUACCAAGACCCUUUUCCCAAAUAAAAUCAUGUUUUCAAGUUCUGGGGGUUUGAAACACAACCCAGGGUAGGGAUAUCAUAAGAACCUGAGUAAUUGCAGCCAAAGACAUGUGCCUUUAAGCCUUGCAAUUCUGCUGGAGAGACUUGGUCUCUAGGGUGAUGGUGACCACUAGGCUUCAGAAUUUGGAGAAGGUCAGGCCUUGAUAGAUGCUGUGCUCCUAGCAGGGCCAGAGGGUGUGACUGAGAAAGACAGGUAGGCUGCAGCAGGAGAGAGCUGUUGGACUGUCUCCAGUGGCUGUAUGGGGUUAAUGCUUCUUGGAUAAAUAGAGAUACAUAGGUACAUUUCUGACCAGCACUUUAUCCUGAAAGGGACUCAGAAAGCAGGUCUGACCCAGGUUUCACAGCAGGAUCACCUGGGAGCUUGAAACAUUCUGGUUUGGGCUUUAUGGUCUGGUCAUGCCAAAAUAUGAGGGUGGCCCAGGUGGUGGUUGGGACCAAAUACCCUUCUCAGAAGGUUGGAGCCCUUGACACUUCCUUGCACUGAAGUAUGGUAUAUGAUUAACUACACAUGAGAUAUCAAGGAUUUGAGAUUAUACCAUCUUUCCUGACAUGGGACAUGCUUCUUUCUUUUCUGGAAUUACUUAACUAGACCUAGAAAAACUGGUUGUUGUUUUCUUUCUUUCAAGGGAAUUAGCCUACUUGCUUUUAAGAGCUGUGCCCCUGGCAGACAGCUUCUAGAUUCAGACAGCUAGAAACAUGUCCUUCCCAGAAGUCCCGUUACUGUUACUUAUGCUCUCUUCCUGUUGGCCUAUGACCAAGAGAAAUCCAGAGAGUCAGUAAGAGACAGUGCAGAGUACUUUACCCACUGUAGUAACAAAUGAUAAGGUGCAGAUUGUAAGUAGAGAUGAUGUCAAAAUAGGAACAAUUGUAGUCCUGUGUGUGAUGCCGUCAGGCAUGGUGAGACCUUGCAGCAUUUCCCCUUUCAAGGGGUGGGUGUUUGGUGAGAUGGAGCAAGCACUUUGGAAACGUCCUCAGCUCUCUUUAUCUGACAGCUUGGUCCUCACAGUGACUGCUUAAUUGGAGUAGCUCUCAUGGUCCCAUGUUUGUCACCAACAAAGGCUGUGAUGAAAUAGGCUAUAUAUCUGAUGACACAGGCCUGCAUAGCCAGCAUUUUGAACAUUUUGUUACAUGGAGCACUCUGAAGUAUGGUAUAAAAAGGCCAGAGGAUUAAAAAAAAAGUGUGAAAUAAAGAAGACCUGCAAGCAUGCAUACUGUCCUCAGUUGGUGGAUGUAGGGGUAGAAUUGCCAGAAACAAAGUUUUUCUUUUGUGCUAUUUCUAUGCCUUUAAUUCUCAUGCAUUAUAUAGGAAGUAGCUGUUACACAUGCAUUUGAGGUUUCCUCUGCCUGACUGAGAAAAGUUCAUUGUUGACACAACAGGGUGGUGCAAGGGGCAAAAAUCAACUAACAUGGGGCGUGGAUUUCCUGUGAGUGCAGCAACAAAGUACCACAUGUUGGGGGCUUAGGCAACAGAGAUUUCCUGUCCCGCCUAUUCUGAGGGCAGGGGUCUGAGAUAAGUGUGGGCAGAGUGGGUUCCUCAUAAGAGAUAACCCAUUCCAGACCUCUCUCCCACUGUGUAGCAGGUCCCAGCAAUUCUUAGUGCUCUCUGGUUGGACCUGCAACUCUGGCUCUGCCACUUUUGUCACAUGGUCACCUUAUGUGUUUCCUUUUUUAUAAGCAUAUCAAUGUCAAACAAAGGUGAAUAUUUGGUAACAUGAAAACAUUUUGUUCAGUAUUUAGUGAUUGUACUGUGAAUUCUAAUUGGUCUUAAUAAUAAAAACCCGGAGUAAGAUAUUAGGGGGUGAAAGCUGAAAGAUCAGAGAAGCAGAGUAGCCAGCCACUAGUUCUCACCUUUAUGAAAUCCUCAGACUCCUGUUUCCUCCCAGCUUAUAUUCCUCUCUGGGACAGCGAUAUCACUUCCUGUCUCCACCUCCCUAGUGCUGGAAUUAAAGACAUGAAAUUUCAAGUGCUGGGAUCAAAGGUGUAAGCUCUGUUUCUUUUGUACUGGUUCAAUCUCACAUAGCCCAGUGUGGCCUUGAACUCCUGAUUUUCUUGCUUAGACCUUCCAAGUGCUGGAAUCAAAGGUGUGUGCCACCACUGCCUGGCCUCUGUGGUUAACUAGGUGGCCAUCUGUCUACCACCGGGAAGACUAGGGAAAGGGAUGCCAGAAUUGUGAGAGAGAAACAGUUCAGUGUUCAGUUUUGAUCCAGCCAGGCUCAGUGUGAGAUGUCCUGGGUCCCUUCAUCUUGCCUUGAUUUGUUAGGGUGGUUUCACGUUGAAACUGCAGGCUUUUCAUUUAUCCAUUACUUACUGGCAAUCAACGUGAUCUGGUAUAUCUGUUUCCAUUUUGCUUAAUGUCCUUCACUGAUUUUCUGUUUCUUCAGGUCUAAACUCCAUCCUCAGCCUUGUGUUGCUCUAACUUCAUAUCAUCUUCCCUAAAGGCCCAGCCCUUCCACACUGGCCUUUUUUCUUGUCCUCAAACCCACUAGUACUUCUGUGUUUUAAGGUCUUUGCCUCUGUUGUCUCCUUUGCUGAGAAGGCUCUGUCCUCUAAUCUGUACAGUUGAUUUUUUUUGUUAUUCAGAUCUAAGUGUAAACAAAAGUUCUUUCAUCUAAAGUAUUUAUCCUAAAUCACAUUACCUUCAACUUAAUCACAUUGCUCACAUCAACAAAACUGACCUUUUGUAUUCUGUUGUUGUAGUGGGAGCUGCGGGCUGCGUUCCUGCCACCCAGCUCCUGGCCGCCUGGCUAGCUUGUGCCCCAAAAUAACAACACACAAACUGUAUUCAUAUAAACACUGCCUGGCCCAUUUCUAUUAAUGUGUGUAGCACCUUGAGGUGCGCUUACCAGGAAGAUUCUAGCCUACGUCCAUCCUGGGUGGGAGCUUCAUCGCGUCUGCCUUGGGGAAGAGCGGCAUCGUGUCUGAGCUCACUUCCUCUUCCUCCCAGCAUUCUAUUCUGUCUACUCCACCCACCUAAGGGAUGGCCUAUCAAAUGGGCCAAGGCAGUUUGUUUAUAGACAAAUGACCUUCCUCCAUCAUGUUGUUUCUUCCCUCCCACUAGAGGGAGACAGAAGCUUUGUCAAUUCAAUUUAGUAACACUAUACAGGAGCUCAUCACAGGGAUACUCUGUGUUUACUGAUGGCUGAACUUAUCUGACAUGACAUCAGGAUUCCCCUGCUAAUAUUUUCAGACAUCACCUAUCACCACAAUUGGUGAUUUAUAGAAGUUAUUAUAUUAAUGUACUAGGAAUGAUAGUACAGAAAUCUUAUUUUAUAACUAUAGUAACUGUAGCUUUUUAUUUUGGUGCUGAGGAUGGAACUUGGGCUCUUGCACAUGCUAAGCAUGCACACCACCACUGAGCUACAGUCUCAGUUUAUCAGCUUUUCUCUGUAUCUUCCUACUCUUCUCUCUGAUAGUCCCAUUCUGUAGCCCUGCCUAACUUGGAAUUUAUUAUGUAAUUCAAAUUGGUCUUGAACUUGCAGCCAUUCUUUUGCCUCUGCCUCUCCAGUGAUAGGAUUACAAAUAUGUUCCAGUAUGCCUGUCUAGCAUUUUUCAUUUUGUUCAGAAUUUGAAUGGGUAUCUGGACGUAGUGGUACACACAAUUCUGGCACUUGAGAGGAAGUGACAGGGAGAGUACCAGGAGUUUGAGGCCAGCUUGGGCUACAAAGCAAGACUUGGUUUCAGAUAAGAAAAACAGAACUUGGGAGGAUGGACCAUGUGAGCUUCAUAAUGUAUAAAGGAAACCGAUUCUGAGGUCAUAUGGACAAAUCCCAGUCUGAACAUUAAUGAAAUCCCUGAGCCUUUGCUUUCUUAUCUGUAAAACUGCAAAUCAAUUUUAGUUUAGACCCAAGUCUAGAUUUUCCAUUAGGUUUUGAGUGCUGGUAAGAAAGUCAGUUAGACCUGUCGGUAGAACAUGCACUUGAAGUUGAAGCAGGAUGCUAAUGAGUUCCAGGCUAGGCUAGGCUACAUAGCAAGAUUCUCUCAACACAAACAAAAAGUCAAUUGAUGAAUUCCUGGAGAUGAGUGGGGUGUAGAGAGAGUGAUAGUUUGUAGGUACAUAGUUCUU